AUGUCAUUAGAUUACAAGUUGAAGAUAUCUAUUCCUUUUGAGAAUAACAACCAGGCUGAAAUAGCAGGGAAUUCUUUAAGGCCCGAUCCCAUUUUGAAAGCAGAUGAAAUGACAGUAGACUUUCUGACUGAUAAUGAAAAAUUAAUUUGUUAUUUUCAAGGUGUAAGUGAUAGAGUGAUUAGAGUUGCUGUUAGUAAUGUUUUGGAUAAUAUUAAGACAAUUAUAGAGUGUAUUGAACAAUUCGAAGGUUAA